GUAAACAAACAUCAUUAAGCUCUUUUAGCGCUUAACAACCGUCACUGUAAUUACGGUCUAAUAAUUGUAAACAGUUUAAAAGAAGCAACGUUUAGAUUGACUAGAAAUCACGUACAAAACUGAACUAGUGCAACUAAUUCUAGCUCGAAAAAGAAGUUGACUAAAUGUACAUUGCAGUGUGGAUGUCAAAAUGAUAAAGGGAAGCUUAUCCUUAGCAUUCCUGUAUCUCACAGUAGCAAGCAAUUUGCAGUUUCACCUAAUUUGGGCGAUUGCAACGCUGCAUAUUGGCGGUUUAUUUCCAUUCAGUGGCCUUGGCGGCAAUGGGGGUUCUAUGAAGGGCGAUCUAAUUGAAAAAGCAGUCAGAAUGGCAAUAGAGGACAUUCAAAUGAAGGGUAUUUUGCCAGGUUAUCUGUUACAGCUUCACAUCAAUGAUACUCAGGUAAGACCAAAAAAAUCAACACUAAAUAAGUUAGAUUUCAGAUUUCUUGAAGACCCUCGGUUUCUCGACUCUUCGGAUAACUGAUUCUAACUUCUCUUACUACGUAACACCGUUUAUUCUAAAACUCCGUGGAUAGUUAAUUUUCCAAUUCUUAACAGUUUUCAUUUUCUCAGAGGUCACGUCAAAAACACGGAGGAAGGUUGUGUACGUUAUGAAAAUGAGAAAUAGAAAAAAUAUUGUAUCAUUGUUUGCCAUCUUAUUAUCCUUCAAAUUAAAAGGAGUCGGACAGUCGACAAAAUCCGUAGAAAAUCCUUAAGGGACCCUUAUCUUUUGGUUUACUUCACAAGUAAUGAUCGGAAAUAAAGAACGGUUAUUCGAGGUGAUAGUAAGCUUAUUAAGAUAAUACAGUCAGUAAAUAUAUAUAUAAAAAAGUUAGUAUUCAACAAUGGGGUAAGAAAAUCUCUUUGACCAGAAAAAUUCAUUAAACAGCAUUUAUUGGGACAUGUUUUUACUACGGCCAGUGGGUAUCACAUUUUUUAUCAAUUCAACCAGACAAGCGCAAAUGACAAACAAAGAAUUGCAAACAUGACAAAAAAGUGAACAGAGCUAGGUAAAACUUACAGUAUAUGGGGCUGUUUACAUGGAGGGAGCCGGGGGGGGGGGGGGGGUGUAAUGCCUUAUAUAAGCUAUAUAGGUGCUAGGUGGCUAUGUGUCGCCCCAUCGGGUAGGGUUUUUUCCCCUUUGUGUUCUAAAAACGGGUAUUACCAUUCAAAAUAGAUCAAACUUAAAAUCAAAACCGUUCAAUAGAUUAUGUCCAGAAUCUGGGAAAUGAAAGGAGGUAAAUAUACAAAGCCCCUCGCCAAGAAUCAGGUCAGAAGAAUAUUCCGUAUUCGAGAUAUCCGAAGAAAUGUUUUAUCCAAAUUUAUAGAGAUUUGUAUGGAGGCGCCAUGCUGGUGCCCACCUGGAUGGGCACCAGCAUGGCGGACUGAAACCAACAAAAACAUCUGUUUAAUACCGAGUUUUGGUACAAAAGCGUGAUUCUUAUUGCUCAAGGAACUCAUAAACAUUAAAGUAAUACUUAUUCCAUUUCAUGAACUGUGUAGAUAGCAAAAUUCCCCGAAAUACGUCACUUUUUCAACCUACAUGACAGCUCUCUCGACCGUCAUGUAAAUGCCACGUCACGCAAAAGCUUACAAAUUCAAGCGUACGCCAUCAAAAAACCAAGAACCCUUUUGAAGCGAAAAUUUGUAUGAAAAUUAGUUUUCAAUUGCUCUAAUACAUCAUGAAAGUAAAAUCUCAGUAGGAUCGAUAGUUUUGUAGUUUGAAUUUUAGUGACGUCAUGUGAAAACACUUUGCCCAUUUUGGUCUGGAAUCGGGUAUGGUUCUUAGAAACUAAGGAACUACUGGAGUGUAUGAAGGUAUUUAUCGUUUCAAUUCCAAAUGAGUAAGAAAGAAAGAGAAAUAUGAGAAUUCAAAAAUGGAUUUGAAGAUUUUUUUGUUGUUGGCACUUUAAUAAGUAAUGAUAACAUAAUUUUUGCCUAAAGACAAGCGGAUCAUCCUAGCGCCUUAUGUUUUCUGUAUUCAGUUUACAUGCAAAAAGUAAUAAUUAUAAGGAUCCUUGCCCAGCUGCUGACCGAAAAUUCUUUAUGCAAUCCGGCCAACUAUUAAAGUUGUUCGCCUCAUAGGGGAUCUUCCUGCUGCUAGGAUCUUGCUUCCUCCAUGUAAAGUGGUACAUGAACUGGACUGAGAUCUGACAUGAUAAGUGACAAAAAUUUAACUGACACUGAAAAGACAGUUCGCAGCUUGGUUCAUGCCGAGUCAAGACCCGAACAUCUGAUCUAAACCCAUGAUCACAACUUUCGCUUUCGCAUUCAAAAAGAUGAAUUAAAAGGUUGGCUGCUAAGAUGUGUUUGUUGUGGUUUAAUCGGUUAGAGCGAUUUUCGUAUGGGCUUGCAAAAUGGUUUCGGUCAGUGUUCGUUAUUUUUUUUUUGUCAACCAAUGGAUGAAAAGUUCAAAAUAUAGCAACUUCGUUUUCCCGCCAAAGAAAACACUAAUAUGGAGAAGGCAUUGUUCGAUUGGCCAAUCGUGUUGCAGUAUGACGUCAAAGCGAAGUAUCGAUUGAUUUCUAGAAAGUUCUAGGGCAUGAAGUCUUUUCACCCGAGCGUUCGCUCAACCAACCAAAAGCCACGCGCGUUUGUAUCCUUUCGAUAAACCAAUCCUUUGUUGUUUCUGUUUUGUUCGCGCGUUUUCAUUUCAAGGUCAUGAAAAUCGCUCUAUCUUUGGUUUAAAUAUUAUUGGCGAGUUUUGUCAGUGAUGAAUGAUAAUGUUUUUAAAACAAGGAAAAAUAAAAUUUGAAAGAGAAUAGAGCCACAAUAUCAAUGAUGAAUUCAGAAGAUCCUCCCUCCAUAUAUUACAGAGAAAUGGGAGGAGCAUUUCAUGAUCGCUGACAUGAAGUGUCCCACGCUUGAGAAAGUCUAGAAUUAAGAACUUUCUUCGAAUUCUUUUCCUUCCAGUGCAGAGCAGACUACGCAUCACGUGAUCUCUUUGAAAUGAUAAACAAAAAACCAACAAAAAUAGCUUUGAUUGGAGCGGGCUGCUCGGUGGUGUCGGAAAGGCUAGCAGAAGCAACGAAGACUUGGAAUCUCGUUAUGGUAAGCAUACACGGCGUACCAAACACUAAGCCAGACUGCCCCUGAUAGGCAGAAUAACAUAACGAAAAUUACGUAACGAAAGAGGGCUAUGAUUGGUCAAUUUCCCGUAAAUUUUGAAUCACUCCGAAUUUGGUGAUAUUUGGUCGUCAGGCGGGGACAAACAAUCUAAAAAAGUAAAAUCCAUUAAAAUAUAGUUGUCCCAAAGAAAAGUAAUGUCAGGGCUCCUAGCUGGCAAUGUAGAGCUGGACUCGUGAACCUUCCUUUUUCCCCUCGGAAACAAAGACGAUGAAGUCAGCUAAUAGAACAACUUUCUCUUCUUAGCCAGUAACCAUCCAUGGUAACCUGCGACGGGCGUGAUGGCAGGCUUCUAAGCUAGAGGAUAUUUCAAGGGCGAUUAAACGUCUCAUUUUUUGUUCCUCCAAUGAAAAUAAACGAGGUUUUCGUUCACAUUGCUUGACUUCUCUUGGUCAUCUGACCUUUCAUGUGACUUUGAGAGCCAGCUCCCAUCACGCACCGCGCGAGGGUUUAAUUAGCAUGUGUGGCAUCUUGUCCAUGAAAGUGCUUUUUCCUCCACGUUGGUCCCGAGACAAAUUAGGCAAUGUACCGAAAAUGUCCUCACAUUUUUGUCAAAUAUUCUUAACCCCGCCAAAGGAAAAGUAGUAUACCGCAUACCUAACAUCAUUUGUUUCAGCUGAAAGAUGUGUUAUACCCUAGGGAGUUUUAUACGGGGAGGCUCCGCCCCGAGGACCAUCUGUGACAGAAAGGAUACCCUUUUGUCUGAAGCCUAAAAAAGGUACCCCUUUCGGACGGAGCCUCCCCACCCUAGUACCCUACCCCUCCCCCCCCCUGGUGUUAUACUAACGUCCAAAAUCCCGGCGGUAUUCGGUUAGCCGACCCAGGUUAAUUAAAAAAUAGCUUAUUUUUCACUUCUGGCACAAUCUGCUUUUAAAUGUUGUAAUUGAUAACCCUGAGAUUACUCUAGAACCUAUCCAGGAGAGAGAUCAAAUACUCGCCAUUAUGGACGUCAUACAAAGAAAACAGGUUAUUUUUCUCCAUACAUCAACUGAGUGCUGAAAAGCUAUUUGUCAUACGAAGUACUUCCCGGAGAUACAAUAUCUCUAUCUUUGCACAGUAUGAAAGCAUGCCUCUAAGUGCGCUAUCUUCAGUUUUCUGAAUUUCAAGGGGGCCCGCGUUGUUCCGUGAUGUUUUCCUCUCUCAGUGAUAUUAGAGUUUCAAUUCUUCAGUAAAAGGAUCAUUCUCAGAAGCUGGGCACAGAUCCUUAUAUAAAAACUCGGUAUAUACUUAGAGUCAUUCUUACGAAUGCCUUCUUUAAUAUAGAACGAUUUCAUGAUCAUUUGAUUAUAAAGCUCGAACAAACUAAUAUAUAUAGGGUAAUUUUCGUGCAGUGAAAUAUAUAAGAAGCUGUAUAUUAUAGUUACUCUUGUUAUAAUUAUUAGGAUCUGUGCCCAGCUGCUGAGAAUUAGCUUAGCUUGAGGGUACCCACAACACAUAAUUUUGUAAAGUAAAGAUGCAAACAAUUUAAAGCCGGUUGAUUUUGAGGGUUGAGUUAUUGCCGCAUUUUAUAAUACCGUGAUCUUUUCCGGAUCAGUCUACUGUAUUAUGAACAACUAGUAACGUUUAAUUUGGUGAUAAACGCUCUUUUAUGUCUCUUGUAAGAACGAGCAAAACAGCUCGUGAUCUGCAUACAAAUUAGUUUUUAAAAGGUAAUUUGUUUAGUCGACAUUUAAUAUCCUUGACCAGACGUUUUGCUAUGUUUCAUCCGGAUUCCCACCGUUCAAUUCGGCAACGUUUUGAGACUCUCUUGUUCAUAUUUAUUCAGUUUUAUAACUGAGAAAAUCCGCCUGUCAGCAUCUGACGGUUUCAAAGUCAAAGUACGAUUUUAAUUACUAAAAUCACAAAAUAUUGUUUGGUUAAAAAAAGAGCUAAAAUUCGAAAAAUUAGCAAUUAUUACUAUUGAACAUAAAAAUGAGAUCCGACUUGUAUAAGAAACAAACCAUUGGAAAGUGUUUGUUAAGUCCUUACGUCUGAUAUUUCUAAGCGCUUUUGAUUUCAAUUGUCCUUCUCUCGAAAACGACUGCGCGACAUACUGAGAGCAAAUUAUAUUUAUUAGGCGCUGGCACGGCAUGUUUUCCGCUUGCUAGCCAAAAGGCGUUGUUUGAUUCCCUGGAGAUAAAACUGAUCGGAAUUUUCGUUGGUUCAGCUGUAGCCUGUUCCAGGCGUUCAGACAGUGGGGAGCGGUGCGAAGUAAAAAGGAGCGCGAAAAAAUACAAGCGAGGGAGGGGGAGAGUCCCCCUCUACUUUUCAUCGCUUUCUUUACUUCGCACCGCUCUCCACUAUCUGAACGCUUGGAACAGGCUAGUUCAGCUGUUGGCAGCGCAGCGAGUAAGCAUCAUUUUUCUGAGGCUCAACGAGACGUUUGUUUUCAAACUCGCCAUGUCUUCAUACAGCUUUAUUGUGUCUUGCAUCAUGAUGAUGUAGCCGGUAUUCUUGUAGAGAAACAACGAGAACUGUAAUUAACGUUUCUAAAGAGAGGGCUUCAAAAAAAUGGCUGUACAUGUAGUCGUUGCAAGUAUCAGCAAACCUACACGAAAAGGAGGAUUAGUUCAGGUGUACAGCUGUAUGGAGCCAGAACGUGGCCUAUAAACACAUCUGUCUGGCAUUCAGUAAAACGAAUAAAAUUAUAAGGAAUCGGUGGCGACGCAACAGCAAUUUAAAGUCUUUAAAAAUCGAUCAGCGUCGCAUUCAUUUCGAACGUUGUAUGCCAAAACUAAUUUUUCUGGCAUUUAAUAUCUUGAUGAUAAUCUGUCCAAACACUCGUAGCUAGAAAAUCAGAUAUAUGAAAUGUCAAACCUGAAUAUAACUUAUUAAACUACAGUUAUGUCUCUUCCCAAAACAGUACCACUGCUAUGAACCACGUACAAGUGAAUACACGCAAAAUGAAAUUUGUGGCGUUCCUUUGAUUUACUGCCAAUGGAGAACUGUUAUCACUUACCGGUAGUUUUUUAAAAUUAAUUUUACAUUUAUUAUUCAACAAAAAGCGAAAGACUGAAGCGGAGAAUUUUUUUUCAAUUUUGAAGGAAAAGUCCCUGAGCAUUUAACCAUCCUUCAUACACCGUAGAAGUUCGUGUUUGACGUAAGUAAAUACUAUUGCCUAAGGCACAAGGGAUGUAAAGAGAGUUAUUUGCACAAGCUAGGGCCAAGAACCGAAUAAUGGAGAUAAGAUUACGUUACAAACUGCCAUUAUCUUUGUUUACGGCUUUAACUCACGUGCUUAAGAGGAAGUGAUUUUUUAACCAAUAAGAUGAAAAAGCAGGAGUAAAUCAUGCAAGUAAUCAUCCAAGACUUGAAUAUAAAGCUAGUCCGAAGUCGAAUUAGUGGAGUAAAUAGCACUGAAAUAAACAGUGCGAGUUCAUUCGUCCUGCUGUACUUUUGGAGGAAAACCGACCAAUCCAAGAACGCGCAAGACAAAUUCAACGAUUGAAAUCCGGAAAAAUUCCACAAGUUUGCUUGAUGUGUUAGUCUGGCCACUGCCAAUUAUUUACAAGGAAAGAUAUGUCCAUACUUCUGGCAAAUCAAACCGUGGAAAACGCUCCGUUGAGGGCCUGCGAGCACUUUUCGUUCAGGGUCAACACGAUUCCAUACAGCCCGGACAACAAGACGUUUAUCGUGACCGUAUUUACUUGUGUCUUCAUCGGAUUAGCCUGCCCUUGCACCAUAAUUGCAAACGUGCUGGUUUUUCUGGGCAUUCUGCGAAAGCCCGAUCUUCGCAAUGUUUAUAAUACGUCGAUUUUAUUUCUUGCAACGUCUGAUCUUUUAACGGGCCUGAUCACACUCCCAGCUUUCGUAGCUUACCAGGGGAGCAAGCUGACAAAACCGGAAAAAGACUUCUCGUGUGUGGCUUUGGUUUUGUACACAUUUACAACCUUUUUAUUCACUGGUCUUUCAGUAAUGACAAUCAUUUUGAUUACGAUCGAGAGAUACGUUGCCAUAUUCCACCCUUUAAAAUAUCGGUGUUAUCUUACGAAGCACCGAAUAGCGAUUAUCAUUUCCCUUGUAUGGGUUUUAUGGACUGUUUUUAUCACCAUGGCGCGGUUUUUUCCGGGGGCAAGUCCUGGGAUGUACAGUGUGAUAGCCUCUUCCUUGUUGAUUCCCUGUAUUAUUCUAACGUUCUUCGUGUAUUUCAAAGUGUACGCAUUGACACGGCGAAUCCGCGUGUCCAUUGGUCACGAGUUAACAGCACCGCGAUCCGCCGAGAACAUCCGAGAGACCAAAUCCUCCAGGACGGUGGCCUACAUAGCAGGCGCUUUGGUUCUUUGCUUUGUGCCGACGCUUGCAAUCGCGGUUAUCUACAUGAGGUCAGGAUCAGUUAGCAGAAACUAUUUUUUCCACCUGUUAUAUCCUCUUACAGACACAGCAGCACUGCUUACCCCAAUUCUCGACCCCGUCAUAUAUGUACUCCGAAGUAGCAGUGUUAGAACAAGUCUUCGCGAGAUGUUACGAGACAGAAGAGCUUCAACGCGCACGAAUCGCGCACGAACGCAGACCGGACCCACAGCAACAACUGGUUUGGAAAUGACAGCGCAAUCUUAAAAGAUAAGUUAUCGAGAUUUAAUAGCGAGUAACAAGAAAUUAAAGGAAACUGAUGACAUGUUCGUUUAAGGUUCGCGGCAUUCAUUCUAUGAUCUAUCGUGACUGAUUACAUGGACCCAGAGGGAUUUUAUUACAAGGCUGUCAAAACUCAUUUGUGGUUUUCCGGCUCUCGAAAGCAGCUCAAACAAAAUUAUCGUGACCAAACGUAAUGGCGGGCCUGAUGGUUCGAAAGAGAAUCACGAGAUGAACGCAUGCAGGCUUUUGGGCUUGUUUAACGAAGCAAUUGCUUGUACACGAUGGAUUUUUUAAUAAAACAUUUUGACCAAUGACUGCAGCUGACAUAUGAUUUAUAUAUCUGUAAACCAAAUGCAUUCAAAAUAGAAAAACAACAUUUGUUUUAUCUGCGCGUCUAUUUUCUUCGCUUCCUCAAGCCCUUUUUGACAAAGGCCAUUACUGACAUUUUAUGCCAUUUUAAGGUUACGUCUCCAUUGCUGAUAGAAAUUUGCUGAACUCAAUUUUGUGCGUUCAAAUAUUCAAUGAUUUCGAAGGCGUUUCCCUAAAAAAGUUUUAACUCUGGAGAACACUCUUUUUUCUAGUUAAGUUCAUUACCGGAGCUAAAACAAAAAUGUGACUUACUAGAAUUUUAAAAUAAAAUAAAUGAUCAAGGGCAUUGCCGGCUAUUCAAAAGCUAAAAAUUCAAUCCUAGAAGUUUAACACCAAUUUUUUUUAAGUGGCUCAAACCGGAAAAGCGGCCAUUCAAAUAAAUUUUCGUUUUCCUAAAAGCAAUGCCCUUUUAAAAUAAUAAAACGUGAAUAAUCACUGUUGAAUGAACGACAUAAGCCAUGAGUAUUCUAACUGGGAAAGAUUUUUAGGACAAAAAAUGACAACACUCAUGCACUAACAUUUUAAAGUUUUUAUGGUCUAAUAUAUCAUCAUCUACCUCCUAUUCUUUCGAAUGUUGACUGCCUACAAAAAGGACAGUCAUUCAACCACUGAGCUAUUUCGUUGAUGUAAAUAAGUUAUGUAAACAAACACUGCAUCGAAAGUGCAUCUGCGAUUAAAAUUCAAACAAACCAUCCCAGAGUUAAAGCAAGGAAUGUAAGCUUUUCAAAUAUUGUGUGUUUAAGUGUCGUUUCCCAUUGCCAGACUAACUGCGACUAGAUUUGGUUUAUAAAAAUAAUAAAAAAAAAGAACAUGAGAAUCUGCUUGACUUUAAUAAAGUAGCAUGCACAUCAUUUGAAAUAGGUACUAAUUUUGCUAGUUAUGGCAAUUGUCAGGAGCCUAUCUCCUGCAAUUGUCUAAUUUCUUUUGAUAUCUCAAAAUUACCUUGUAUUGGAAGUUUUUUUCCUUCACCCUGAAGGGGUUAAUGAUCAGUUAAGAAAGCGCACCGUCGCAUUAAAUAACUUGUGCUUUGUUUGAUGUUAUAUUAACACUUAUGAAUAGAAAUCCGUGCUCAUUUCUGUGGUCACCUACCAACGAGCUUUGCAUAAUUGCCUUAGCUUUCCUUUGAAUUUAAUUUAGACUAAAAGAAAAUAAACCUUUAUUUAAUAGAACUGAACAAUGAGGCUAAGAAUGAGAAAUGCACAUCAACAAAUAGCGUAGCGUAGCGACCAGUAGCCUAGCUGAGGAGGAUGUUCAGUCAAAUAAAUUUCUCGCUACAUACGCAAGUCGUGGAAGUAUGACCAGUACAGAGAAAACACUACUACAUUACACUAUUAUAUUGGUUGUCUGAACAAUUCAAAAGCUUAUGAUAUAGUUCGAUGUGGUUUCAACUAACCGAGAGCAUUGCAGUUUUCAUUAUGCGCGUUUUGGAAAAGAGUCAAACCUCCGGCUGCGGGCUCAAAACGCCCCAGAAACGGUUUCUUUCGAUGGUAAAUAGAGGGUCUAUUCAUAUUAUUGAAAAGAAUAAUCAACCGAUGCUCCUCACACGAAUAAUCAGUCAAUAUAGUUCUUCACAACUGCGAAAAUUUAGCGUGGCAAACCUAACAGACCAUUUUACAGUGGUGGGCUUCGUUGUCCUAGCCUUUGAGUGAACGUGAGGCUAAAGCUGACCUUGUUUUGAUACAAACCUCCUUCCUUUUCUAAAGUAAAUUUUGCAAAACACUGGUAGUUAGCAUAACAAAAAGAUUUACAUAAAAAAGCCAGAAGGGUUGUAUCAAAAAAAGGAUCAAAAAAAAAAAAAAAAAAAAAAAAAAACCAAGGUGAACUCCAGCCUCGUUUCCAACUAUAACUGUAAAAUGGGCUAUUCAGAGUAUUGCACUUCAGCAUUUUAACAAAGGCCGAACGUGGACUUCUUCCGGGUGCUAAUUAUGAAACCCGGAAACUCGAAGCAGUUACAGAAGAUUACAGAAGACAUUGGUGAGCUACAAGUAAAUGGGUAAUUAAUGUUUUUUCAGUCACAUAUAUGACUACACAAUAGUUUUAAUCACAUUAACCAUUUAAACCCUAAGAUCAAAAUUUGAAUUCUCAUUUGUUGCCCUAAAUUUCCUAAUUAAUGUUUUUUUGCUAAAAUCAAGCAAAUAUCUUGUGUGAUCAUGUCCGUAAUUCUCAUGACCACGUUUUUAAAAGCAUUGAUUAACAAAAUUUGAUGUUUUCACUCUAAAAGCUUAGGGUUACAGAACACUAAGGUGUUAGGGAUACAGAACACUAAGGUGCCUGAUAAUUGAGGGCGAAGCGAAGAGUCACAUUCCCGAGGUUCUCCUUUAAAAAAAAAAAGCGCUUUGGUACGUCUCUAAGAAAAAGCCAUUUUCCCUUUCGUUUGUGAUGUUACAAAAUCUUUAGCCUGCGUAGCAAGCGUUUCCAGUCGAGUUAUAGCGCUCCCUUCCCCCUCCCCCCUCAUUCCUUUUUUUUUUGCUCUCGCCCCAACUUUCUCGACGAACUCGCGCGGAGACGCUUGCUAUGCAGGCUACAAAAUCUUUCUCUAAGUGUGUCAUCUCUGACUGACAUAUUUUUAUCCUUUUCCUAUUAUUAUAAUCGUAGUAUUGUUUUAAGGAAGGUCCAUUGCUGUUGGCAGAUUAUUCCAAAUUUAAUUGUUUAACUAAAACUUUAGGGCAAAACGGGACUUUUUGUGCCGGCUUAUGACGCUUAUGGAUAUGUAGCUCUGGUGUCUUCCAUCGGAUCGUUUUCAAUGACGUCACGGCGGCUGCAUUGGUGCAAAAAUAAAUAAAUAAAUAAAACGGCGACCGUGUUGGUCAGGGGCAUCAAACGACGGUUUCCUCGUAAAUACAUUACACAUUUUUUAGGCUAUCUAGAGUACUUUUAGAUCUCUAGAGAAAUUCAAAGCCGCGCUAAAAAAAUUUGUAUCUGUUCGGUCGGCCUGGGGAAGUUGAGUCUUUUUAAAAUUACAAGGGGUUCUGUGUUAUAUUCACUUCCCGAAAGUUUUAGAUGCAAUUUAUCGUAUUACAAAAGUGAGAAUUUUUUUUUAUCCCUCUCUCCAUCACAUUUUUGAAUCCGAAAACUUAAGGUUCCCUUUUUUUCUACGAAAAAUAGCCUAACCUGGGGAGUGAAAUGUGAAAAAUUAAACUUCAGAAAAUCGUAGGGAAUUAUCAGAUAAGCUUCGAAAAUAACAUUUGAAUGGCCAGGAACGGUCAUCUAGAAAUCUGUAGCCGUCCUCAAGUAAUGGAAAAUUCUAGGCAAUAUUUGCUUCUCCGAACUGAUAUUUUACAGAAAACAGUCGUUGGGUGGCCCUGGUUGGUGUACAAGAAACAUCAUUUGGAGAUCGAGCCCUUUUCUCUUGUAAACUGACUUUCUUUUGUUCCAACAAAUUUGCAUAGUUACUGACCACGUGACUGUGUUGCGUGCGCACCAGAGUGGCACAAAGUAAUGAAAUUAAUGCGACCAUCCCUGACCAUAGCUUACCCUAGAGCUAAAAAGGUUUCUAAAUAAUAGAGUGAAUUGCUCCCCUAUUCACUGAUGCAUGUCAACAAAUCGGUUUUAUGGGUGCCUGAUAGAACGAUCUUCUUGUGACCUUGAAUGUUACGCACUCACCGUGUACACACUGAACUCAAACAUUUGUUAAUACAAGAAUUUGAUUAAUUCGGGGACUCCAUAGAUUCAGAUGCAAGGGGCUAAUUGCUUGUUUUAUUUUCGCGACGUCCUUACUAUUCAAGAGGCUGACACAGGCUAGCAAAACUACGAAAGCGGGUGAAUUUAACUUGUUAAAACAUGUUCAUCUUUUCAGUUAUCGUUUGGUUCCACGACCCCAACACUAUCAAAGAAGACUACAUAUCCAUUGUUCUUUCGAACAAUACCAUCGCAAGUGGCAUGUAACAGCGCUCGUAUUGCCGUGCUGAAGAAAUUCAACUGGAAACGUGUAGGACUGAUAGGAAAAUCUGACACAGAUAAUUCUGAGGUAAGAUGGGUAAACUGGGCAACUUUGUUGGCAGGGUAGCCUGUGUAGCAGGCGCCGUUGUUGUUGUUGUUGUUGUCGUUGUUUUCAUUAUCAAGGCGAAAGGAGAAAUUUCGAGGACGCGGGCGCACACGAAGGAACUCAUCAGCGCCUGCCUCGUAGGCUAUCCCCAGUACUAUUUUCACGGCCUUCCCAUUAGCCAUGUGAUAGUCAAGCCCCCUUCAUGUACUUGUGGGCAUGUUUGCCAUACAGGCCUGUUGUAAGGCGGCAGUUUCACCCAGUUGUUUGGUUUUAGGCCCGUACACACGAAUCUGGACAUUUUUCAAUCCGCCAAUUUCUACCCACGUUUUUAUUCGUCGUGUAAACGGGGUCUUAAGGUGAUGUUACACGAGAGAAUAGCAAUGACGAUUUUUAGCGCAACACAGCGUUGCAACAUUGUUGCGACAUUGUUUCGAAUGAUAACAACAUUGCAACACUGUGUUGCGCUUAAAAUCGUCGUUGCGAAUCGUCCCUUGUAACAUGGCCUUUAAACCACCUUGCGGCGGUUUCGAAAAUACAUGUCAUUUCGGUGAGCAAGGUCACUGAUUUCGCGCCGAAAGGACGGCCGAUUCGUAAAAUAAAAUAUGCGGUUUCAAAAAUAUCCGGAUUCGUGUGGAUGAGGCCACAGUGGAUGAAAACUCUAGGAUCAAAAUUAAAAUUCUCAUUUGUCACCCCUAUUCACUUACUGUAGAAGUAGUGGAGAGAAGUUGAUAAAAUAUCAAGCAAAUACGUCUUGUGUCAUCAUAUCCUUAAUUCUCAUGACCACUCUGUUUUACAAAGCAUUGCUAUUACAAGGAGAAAUUUGAUGCUUAUCACUCCAAGGGUUUAAAGGAUUAAUUUUGAUCGUAGAUUACGGCUCACUUACGAAAAGAACUUGAAAAAGAGAGCAUCCAGAUUGUUGCCUCCGAAACAUUUGUUGAUGAUCCUACUUCACAAGUGAAAAGUUUAAAGGUGAUUUGUUGUGUUAGUUUUAUUUGUUUGCAUCGGCAGUUAUUUCUUACUGCUGAGUAAGUAUUGCUGUCGUUUCUGUUCUUGUUGUUGUUGUUGUCAUAGCCACGCCUAGAGCUGCACGGGCAGGGCAAAGAAGAGGAAAUGUUCCUUUCUUGUUUCAGAGAAACUGACCAUUGUUUUCUAAGGCAAUGAAAUCGGAAAUGUUGUGUCGGAACAGGCAAAACAGGGGGAAGGUCAAUCAUUGCUACUAAAAACACAAUUUCACCACACCUUAACAAACACCUCGUCGUUCUCUCCCCAACAAAACAGGGGACCAUAAUCAUGAUAAUAACAGUGAUUCUGGAAGUUUGCUGUGGGAUGAGCUGCGAUAAACCUAACCCUAACCCUAAUCAAGCACAAAUAUCCGCAUACAAAUUCUCCAUACUCUGUCCUUCUGUUAAAAAAUGAAAGUAUUUUCCGGGUUGUCAAUUCAUUACUUCUCGAAAUUAAACCUAUCUACCAGAUUAUGCAUUGUUACAGUUAGGAGAAAAUUAAUGCUGGUCACAGUCUUGAGACAUUAAGGGCUUUUUAACUGACAGAGUUUUGUAUGAACUCAGGAAAAAGAUAUCAGGAUAAUAAUAGGCAAUUUUGACGAAAGAAGCGCAAGAAAAGUGUUUUGCCAGGUACGUCAACGAUCCAAAUCUUCAUGGCGUAAUAUCAGUUUAUGUGAUUUUUUUCAGGGGUUUGUUGUGAAAUUUUAUAAGAAAUUUGUCUUUUGUAGGCGGUACGAUCAACCGCGUUUUAGUUUCCAAAAAAUUGCUAGAAAUACAUUUUAAUUGGUCAGACAACGUUUGGCUAGUCCCUAGUCCCUAGGCCUCAUUUUUCCCCACGGCCUAUGUGUUUCGGGUCACGUGGUCCACGCGAGGUUUCGGGCGGCCCUUCGUCUCGCAUACGUCAGCGAAAUGCAUCGACCGAGAAGGCCUGGAGAGACGCCGUACAGGGACUGGGCAAAAAUGACGUCACUUUGGCACUGUUGGACCAUGAAAUCUAGGUCUUGUUUAUUAACGAGGUUUUUAAUUUGUGCAAGAAUAAUCUGGUCCAGAAGCGGGGUUUUAAACGGGGAAGUGGCAGCUGAAAAUACCUUGAUUCGCUUGUACCUCACUAAGUUAAAAGCUAUUUGAGGUCUUUGUGAAGACUCAAGGCAGAUGCUUUCGACUCGACAUCAAUUCACCAACACGUUUCUUAAUACACCCAUUUAAGUCAAACGCGUGCCUUAUCUACCUCUUUGUAGGCUCACAAAUCUGGCCUAUAUGGUGCACGUUAUGCUUGGCUUAUACCAGGAUGGUACAGCAACGAUUGGUGGACAAAACACAUAGAAAAGGAGUCACUAGAAUGCACUGGACAACAGAUGAAUGAAACUGCCAAGGGUUACAUUUCAUGUGAUAUUGUCAGGAUGAGCCCAGAGAACAUUGUAACUGUAUCUGGACAGGUACAGAAAUGUUUUUAAGUAAUAGUUGCCGUCUUAGAUGUAACGUGUAAUGAAAGAGAGCUUUAAUCUGAAGUAAUCAAGAUGGGGACGGCAGUGAAAACUUCACUUAAAAAAUGAAUUUAUGUUCAGGCUCUCAAACUUCAUAGAGUUUACUAUUAGACUCACUCAAAUUGUCAAAUGUUUGCGAGUUUUCCUGUUGUAGAAUUCUUUUAAAGGCAGGUUCAAAAAGAGAAGGGAGAAUUCGUCGUCGUGUGUUUACGGCCUCCAUGAAAAUGUCGCAUUAGUGCAGGAAAGUUUCAUGUCGUAGUCGACAUUUCGCGCGGGUCACUUUUUAAGACUUGACCGAAACCGGAAUACGCGCAUGAAAAGCCUCUGGCACCCAGGGUAUGCAGUGGACGUCAUAGAAAUGUAAACGUGAUGCACUUGUAGAGCCGUUGUUUUCCUCAUAAAACCAGUCGGUUGUUUUUCGACCUGGUCGUUGCUGUUGUCUUUGCUUAAGCUUCCUUGUUAUAUUACACAAUGGAGAAGAUAAAAUGAAAGAUUAUGAGUGUGUCUCACUUUGCACGCAAUGGCGAGUGCGGUGAAAAAUCGCCAGGCGGUUGGCGAAAAUUUAAAUGAGAUUACAAGAGGUUCCCCUUGUAUAAAGUAGUCUGAGAAGUUUACGAAAAUGGCGCAUCUGGCAAAUCUGGCGCAAAUUUGCCAUGGGUUUGGCAAAUAUUCAAAGUGGAUGCCAAAAGUGGCCCCUUGGAGAGAGGCGAUUAUGACGAAAAUGGCGAAUCUGACGAAAAUAGUGAAAGCCCUGACCUGCUAGCAAUAGCGGAAAUGGCGAGUCUGGUAAAAAAUGGCCAGAGGGUUGGCGAAAAAUUAAAUAACCUUUGAGAGGGGCUCUGAUUUUGGCGAAAACGGCAUAUCUCGUGUGUCUUGAUACAUCCAACGUUUUCUUGCAGACUCCCAAACAGAUCAACUCUAGUUACGUAAAGUUCACGGGAACAUCUCUUAAAAUGACAGACGCUGGAUUUGCAUAUGAUGCUAUGUGGGCGAUCGCUACUGCUCUGAACAGAAGUGAAGAAUACUUCAAGAAAAUGAGACCCUCCUUAUCGAUAAAAAAUUUCACGUAUAUGUCAAAAGCAAUGACCGAACACUUCAAAAACGCGAUAAACGAAACAAACUUCAUUGGCGUUACUGUAAGUAUUAUUAAACCUAAUUCCGUGAGGGUGUUAGGCUGUUUCUACGUGUUGCGGAAACCAUUGUUAGUUCGCUUUUUGAUUUGUGGUAACUACUACUACUAAGGUUGUUAGGACAGGCAAAAAUUGUAUUAAAAAAAAAAAAAGAAAGAAAAUUAAUUAAUUAAUUAAUUGAAUAAUAGAACAAACAAAAGAUGUUCCUACCACUCUAGGAAGCAUGGGUCCAAUUGGUUCCAAAAUGAAGUCCUCCAGUCAAUCACCAGUCUUUAUUACGGUCACGUGAUCUCUGUACAUCCACAAAAGACUGUAUGACUCCUCAGGAGUCAUUUUGAAGCUCAUUAACGAUAUCUGCAGACGUCCUUAAGACAGGAUCUCUCCUGGACAGAGAGCUGUUGAAGAUUCUUAAGCGAGACAUCUCGCGCGCUUCGCUCGCGCGUGACCAUUUUCAGCGGGUGAUUCGUUGUGUUGGAGAGUGGGUAUUGUCCAGUGUCUUUUCAGUCUUUUGUAUUAGGUCAUGUAGUGCUUGCACCUUUCUGCAACUCCGAAAAACUACCAGUUUCUUGGGUAAAAAAGGCACAUCUCCCUUGUGUUUGGAAAAGAAUAUGAAGGAGAAGUCUAUUAAAAACUUAUUAAGAAAGAGGCAAACUCACUUUUUCAGCUGGUUUUUAGGACGAAACCUUACAAUGUAGUUAACCUUGUCCAGCUAUAGUCUCCCGUAUUUCGGUCUGAGAAAGCCGCAAGCGAGUAAACUUCCUCAGGCACUUUUCGUCUUUCACGUUAUUUCACGUUAUUUUGCCACUUUAUUUCCUAGGGACCGGUACAGUUCACGCAUAGCGGAGAUCGAUUGGGCUUUAUGAGGAUUAAACAACUACAAGGUUAGUAAACCUAGAAGAUCUAUCUCUCAGGUAUGCGCUAGUGGUUUAUGAUAAAUAAAGGUAGAUAAAUGUGGUUAAUUUAAUAAUAGGAGAGCACUUUUAAGUAGGGAUGGAGGUAUGAUUAUUUGGCCGGAACGAAUGACUUGUUUGCCAGUACAUAGUUUGAUACCAUCAUUGUAGCACGAAGAGAGGCAGUAUCUAUCUGCAUUUUAACGAUAAAAAAAGGAACCAGCCAUUUGAAAGCUUCGUUAACAGAUUUUAUUCCUACGUGUUCCUGCCAAAAGGUUUGCAUUGAUGGUCGAGGUAUCAUAUAUAAAUGAUAUCUUGUAUCAUAUCUCGUUCUUCUUAAUCGCUUGCUGUUUGAGUAACGUCUACCCUUUGAGUGAUGACCGCACAACUGACGGCCAGUUCUACAUGACACUAAAGAGGUCGCACUGCUUUAUCUGAGCUAAGGAUGGCGUAGUGGUGAGAGCACGCGCCUCCCACCAAAGUAGCCUGGAUUCGAGACCCGUUGUCGACGCCAUAUCUGGGUUGAGUUUGUUGUUGGCCCGGGGGGUAACUUGGGUUAAUUUUGCUGGGUAUGUGCCGCUGGCCUCUGGGAGCCCCUACCCCAUCAUAGUCUAUUCUGUGGCCAAUUAUAGAUCCCAUAGUCACUUUUGGGCUAAUAUGUAAUUUUCGCGAUCCCAACUUAGUCUCUUUCUGUUUUUAUGAAUGGAUCCAUUUUUUAGAUUGAAUGAAGAACACUUGACUUUUCAUCUGCAGUACAAACAUUCUGGUACGUUUGCUAAUCGCAAAUAUGAAGAACUGUCUUACCCCAAAAAGUCCGAAAAUGUGCGACCCCAUUCUAGUAACUCUAUUGAAAAUGCGACCCCAUUAUAGUCAAUCCAGUUGUGAAAAUGCGACCCCUUCCAGCGGCGCAUCCCCAUUAGCCUCUUAUAGGGAAGUACCCCCCCCCCUCCCCCGGGGUUGUUGGAUCCCCACCUUGUCCCGAGAGGUUUUCUCCCUUUCCUCCGGUUUUUCCCCGUCUUCUUUAAAACCAACAUUCCCAAAUUCCAACUCGACCAGGAAUGGUUUACGAAGAACCAUUUGUUAUCAGUGUUAAACGCGUCCACAGUUGAAGUAUGCAGCAAGUAAUUAUCUAUCAAGAUCAAUAUCUCUGCAUAAUGGCAUUCUUUAUUUUAAAGAAUUUUGAACUUUUAUUAUUAAUUAUAUCUAUUUCCUCUUCUUUUAUGUAAGGUUAAGUUACUUCUAUUUUUUAGAAUUUGUAAAUGAAUAGUUUCUUUCUUCACUUAUUAAUGAAGGCCGAGGGAUUUCUUCUGUAAUGGAUGGAAUUGUAGAUAGUGUUUUGAUGAAUUAAUAAGAUUUUUUGUAACAGCAGGUUGAUUGUAAUUAGGAUUUUAAUUGAGGUUUUGUAAUAAAGAUUUUAACUUAUAAGAUCAAAAGCCAAGUAAUAAUAAUAAUGAUAAUAAUAAUAAUAAUAAUAAUUGUUUGUUAUUUCAUUACUUUAGAAGGAAACGACAAUUCAGUACUGCUAUAUCUAGCACAGAACGAUAGUGUCAUCGAUAUCAAAGGAUCUCAGUUUGUUUGGCAAGGUAAGAUCGCAUAACUAGUUCUGCGCCUUACGCAAGUUUCCAAUAAGAACACAGCAUUAUGUUAUCAGAAGAGACUGGAGGAAUUACAGCCGGGCGCGAACAAGCUUGUGCAUUUGACAGUAAAUGGCAUGUAGAAAUGGGUUUUCCGAAAUGGCCUUAACUGUAAGGACGUUCCCAGGGUUUCUGUCCUUCUAGCGGCUGUGUAAGGACGUCCCCCCCCCCCCCCCCCCCCCUCAGAAAAAAACGGGGAGAGAGUCUCUCUCUCCGAUUUUUCUGAGGGGAGGGGGGCGUCUGUACACAGGCCACUGUCCUCUUCGUCCCCGAGAAAACCCUGGGGACAAAGGAGACGCUCAAAAGGGAGGCAGGAGUGAAUCGAGCGCGAGGGAUGACAAGUUCUCCUCCGCCCAACCCCCCCCCAUCUCUCGCGGGCGUGCCUAAAUUUCCUUUUUAUGAGUGCCUACCAUGUAGCUCUGGCCUUUAUGUAUAUUCGUACAAACAACGUUAUUCACUUUCUUUCGCUUUAAAGGUAGUGGUCCGCCAUCCGAUCAACCAAAGGUGGUUCUAAGGUUGAUGACUAUUUCUCCUGUAUUGUAUGGCGUCAUGUGUAGCAUUACUGUCUUAUGUAUUAUCAUGGCUGUUUGUUUCCUGGCUUUUAACAUCAAACUUCGGAAUUACAGGUAAUUAUUUUUGCCUUUCACAGGGGCCCUGGCCUGUCAUACGUUAGCUUAAUAGGUUACCUUUAGUUUAAAACUCGCUUCAUGCAUUAUAAUGACCCGUUUUUUUGUAAUAGUUUUUGAUGAGUAUUCAGGGCAACGCGACUAGUUGCUUCUGAAGUCUUUCUCAAAACGAGGACGUCUCGUCUCUUUCUUAAAACAAGAGCGAUUAGCGUCUUAAUCGACCUGCAACUAAACCGUUUUCAUAUUGCCACAUAUUUUUUACCAGAUAUAUUCAAAUGUCAAGUCCACGCCUGAAUGAUACCAUUAUUGUUGGUUGCAUUACUAUGUACAUAUCAGUGUUCUUAUUUGGACUGGAUGGAAACCUAGUGUCUCCAGGCAAUUACUCUGUGAACUGUCAGGUGAGGGAAAAUGAGAAAUUCAACUACAGAGUAUGGAGAGAUGAACCUUUAGGGUGCCGUAUUUUAACGAGGUAGACCAUAGGGUUUUGUUUAUUAUGCUAUAUUAUUUUAUUCUUAUUUAUUUAUAAAAUUUAUUUAUUGAUGAUCAUCAUUUAAAGCGAUUUCUUUUUUCGAGUUGAUGCGCCGGUGGCCAUCUGUAUUUGUUUUAAGACACGGCCUUGUCCCUUGUUAGCUUCGUUGAAAAGCAUUGCUUGAUAGUGCAGUGCAUUUCUUUGAUACGUCUAUUCAACUAUUAAAAGUUGCGAGGUGAAUCUGUUGUGUGUUGCUAACUAAUACUGUUUUUCUGCUCAGGCGCGAAUAUGGCUCGCCUCACUUGGUUUCACCACUGCCUUUGGUGCCAUGUUUGCUAAGAUAUGGAGAGUGUACGUUAUUUUCACCAAUGCAAAACUAAGAAAAAAGGUUAGUGCGGGAUCUCUACAUAUCUUGACUAAGAGAUACAGUAAGAGUCAAAACAUUGCACACCGUAGUUUUUAACACGAAACCAAGCGAAGUUCCUUUGCAAAGCACUGCAACUUGUGACCGAGUGGUCAAAGCGAUAGUUUUGCAACUUGGUAAUCCUGAGUUCGAAUUUUCGACCACUCUUGUAAAUACGUUAGCCAGUAGGUUUGCUUCCGAUCGACCAUCUGGGAUUUUCAUGACCUUCUUAUCCUUCUUUAAAUAGUUUCUAUAAUUCCCUCCAAUCACUUUAAAGACACUUUGAAGGUAAUAAUGUAUACGAUAAAUGCUAUAGGUUAUUGAAGACCACCGACUGUUUAUGUUUGUCGGAGUUCUUCUUUUGGUCGAUGUCUUUACUCUAAGCUUGUGGACUGGGAUGGACUCGCAAUCGAGGACGCUUCAAAAUGGCACUUUACAGGUAAAUAAUUCAAUUUUAGUUAAUUUGCAAAUUCACAACCCAGCAGAGUUUGCCAAAAAAAUACUUACUAUAUUUUGACGUUGUUUUACUAACUGGUUUAUUGACUUAACUCAAGAUUGAUUGUGUAAGUGUUUGAUUGAGAGAUUUUAUUUCUCAUCCAAUGAUUGUGUCACAAAUGACCGCAGGGCCCGCGCAAGGCGAGGGGCCGGGGCCAAAGCCUUCCCCCCCGCCCCCCGCCCCCCUCACACACACAUUUUUAGCGAAAUAAUCAUAAAAGAAGUUGUCAUUAAGUUCUUCGGCAAAUGCGUUUAUUUAUACAAUGCUACGGUUCUGGUUUUCAGUCCUGUCCACAAUAAGUAGAUUAAUGUUAUGAUUGUAGUUGAAAGAUGCAAAAACAAAGACUAAUAGUUUAGCCAGGGCUAAAAGCGAAGCUCUGGGUAAUAAUACUAAUAUAAGCAAAAAAAUUAAAUCUUGUAAUGCUAAACGGGGACGGCAAUGAAAAUGGAAUCAAGAUCAAUAGGUCUAAUUAGUAAAAACACAAAUUGCACGUGCAGCACACUUUUUUCUAAUUAGCGAAAAACAAAUUUGCACGUGCAGCACGCUUUUUGACUUUCUUUGCCUUUGUUUUGCACAACUACAACGCUUUUUUGUAUGACUAAAUCGUCAAACUUCCUAGUUACACAUUAUUUUUAUGGAGGAAUUGUCGUAAGGUUAUUUUGUCUCCCGUGUUCAUAUUCAUAUUUUUCACUGCCCCUCAUUUUCACCUUGCUGCCCGCUAGCAUUUCUCAUUAGGGCCAUUUAUACUAGGAAAAAUAAGACGCGAACUGGACCAUUUUUACGAGUAUGUCUACGAGAACAGCUCGUAUAAAUGGUUCGCGUCUUAUUUCUGUUCUUGACUCGUUUUCAUGUGAAUGAACCGAACUUACUUUUUAAGUGUAAGUUUAUAAUACGAAGAUAGCAAUUUGAUUAGUAAAUGUAAAUUGUGAUAGUUUAAAGUUAAAAUGGUCUACUUACACCAGCAUAUGUCAUGCAUUUGUCCAGGUCUCCUAUCGCCUUCUCCUUACAUAACAACAAGAAAUCCUCAGUUUCCUCCGCGAUGGACCAAGUGUUUCUUUUGCCAUUAACGGCGAGCUCAUUGUAGUUGAGCGAAGAGAAAAAUAAAGCAAAAUAGACAAGAAAACGAAAACGCGUUGUAUUUGUAAACAACUUUCCCCCGCCAGUAGCCUGCCAGUCCACCGCGGGGCAAGCGAUAAUUUUCCCGCCAAAAAUUAACGCAUGAGUACUAUGCGUUCACGUCUUAUGUAAGACGCGAAGGUCAUUUAUAGGACGUUUUUCUCGUCUUCGCUAAGACGCGUCUUAUCUAAGAACAGGUGUUAAGGGCUGUUCUAAAAUAAGACGCGUCUUAGCUAAGUAGCCUCUUAUUUUAGACGAAAUGUGCCGUUUAUACGGAAAGUUCGCGUCUUAUUUUUCCUCGUAUAAAUGGGCUUAUUGUCUCACCGCCGCUUUGAAUUGUGAUGUUUUUCUUCCUACAAAAUUCGUCUCUUUUGUUUUCAAUCACUCGCUCUAGCUCUUUCUCUGUUAUCCACGUGAGUGUAAACAUCAAAAAUAACGUCGAACAAGACACGACUUUGCCGUUGUUUUUUCUUUCUUAUGGGCGGCCAUGCGAUUUCUUUCCGAAUAAAACCUUGAGUUGCAUUUCGGUUGUCAUACCUGUUGAUUGAAUUAUUUUACAUUGGCAUGCCUGUGGUGCGGACGGACUCUCGGUCGGUCGGUCGGUCGGUGUACGGUCACGUGAUUACCAAUUUUCUUGGAUGGGUAAUUUACCACAUUUUCUUACCCAUGCUGCUCCGCUGAGCGCGCUUGGCGCGCGAGAGCUCCGCUGUCAAAGACGGGCAUAAGUGCUUUUCCGAGUUAGAGUAUUUGUCCAGUUGUUUUUUGCGCCUGUAACCUGUCGGCUAUUUCGUGGGUAUUUUUGGCGUUUGUGGGAGUUUCAAAAGGCAAUGAACGUAUUCAUGGCAUAGGAAAAUGAAGUCUCUUAUUGAUUCGUCUUUUACAGCAUGGAGAGGAAUUCGACACUUUACCUCAAUGGGAAUACUGCGAUUGCAACCACAAAACCAUCUGGUACGGGGUUUUAUUUGCUACUAAAGGGCUUCUUCUACUCUUUGGAGUCUUCCUCGCUUGGGAAACACGACACGUGAAGAUACCAGCCCUCAAUGACUCACGCUAUGUUGGGAUGUCUGUGUACAAUGUCGUCAUAUUAAGCGUUGUUGGUGUGCCUGCGGCGCUAAUGAUUGAGAAGCAACAGAACGCUACUUUUGCCCUUGCAGCUGUGUUUGUUCUUUUCUGUACGACUGUGACCCUGUGUUUGGUCUUUGUGCCCAAGGUAAACAUACAGCAGUGUUAAAAUAAUAAUGAUAUUGAUAGUUAUUGUUUUCCUCAAAGUGCCUCAUUAUUUGUUUACACGUUUGUUACUCUACUUUAUUUAUAUAUAUUUAUAUUAGUUAUCCACCUUUUAUUUUAUCAAUGUCAUGUAAUUACUUUGUAUAAACUUGAUCCUGUAAAUACUUUUAUAAUCUGAGGGAUCCCAAUAUCUAUGAUCCUUAUGGUUUCUUUUUGGGUUUCCUCGCCACAUUGCAUCUGUGUAUUUUCUGUAUUCUCUUCUUUCUUUUUUUUUCUGUGGUGAAAUUAAUAAACUAAAUGGUUCAUUUCGGCUUUCCAAGCAGGGAAUGACCGUGACUCUUCAUCGGAAACAAAAAAUAAACAAAAGAAACAAACUAUAUAAACAACAAAAGAGGAAAGACCAGAAGGCUUACUCUAAAAAUAUAUAGUUAUAUGAAAAAAUAUUGUAUUUGAAAUAUUUGAAUCCAUGAUAGUGCUAUAAAAUAUUUUAACCUACAAUUUACUUCUGAAAAGUGCAGAAAAUAAAUGUUCUUGAGUGUUGCUCGAAACAUAUCAGUAUCAUACUGAAAUACGAAUGUUUUAGGGAAGAAUGUUAAACAAUAUAGCACAGAUUAUAACUACUGUAAGUUGUCUGCUAAAUUUUAAAAGUUAUUGUUGUGUAUGCAGGGGCAAAGUUAAGCUAAUCCUAACUUGUUUUAUCAUUUUCAUUAUGGAAUACAUAAACAGUUUAUAGCAGUGACACGUGAUCCCAGCGUGUUAAACACGAGCGGUGCCACCACCAACUCGGCCAGUCAGAACAGCGGAGAGACAGCUACGUCACAGGACAAAGCGAUGAAGGGUGCAAAGUUCAUUGCCUUGGCAGCGGAGAACUCUAACCUUAAAGCGCUGGUAAACGAGGUAACACCGACAUCGUUUCUUAUAUGCGAAACGAUCAAGCAUUAUGUUUACAAACACAGACAGAAGAGAUUCUUACACAAGUGAAGAUCUAUCUUUUCUUCGCCGUUCCUACAAAUAACUUCAUCCAUAGACUCAAAAGUUUAUAGCUACCUUAACUUAGCAAACGUAAAUAUAUUGGGUUGGACUUUAUCGCUUGAAAGUACUCCGUAUCUUGUUAAUUGCAGUAACGCCUUUUUACUGUAGAAAAAACUUUGCGCAACUUUCAGCUGCAAAACGAAGUUAAUUCUGACCAUAAUAUUUCCCGUCAAUGAAGAACCACACAAAAUUAUUCAUAAUUCCCUUUUUUUGAGUGGAUUAUCACUAAUCCUGUUGCGAUAACGUUUUAGAAAGAGGACGAAAUAAAAGAGCUAGAAAAGCAUUUGAGAAAAGCCGGCGUCCCGCUUGAGAGCAUCCGAAGGAUAUCAAUGUCUAUGGCUAGUAAACAAGCACAGAAUACCAUGCAGGGAUCCUCUGCUACUUUAAACAUCAAAGAGCAAACGUGAGUUCCGUGACAUAGCGUUAAAACCGUUGUGAACCACAGGAUACCCACUUAAUGGACCAUAUACAUCUCUCACAUAGCCUCUUCGUUCCAAUAGAAAUAAGGAAUGGUGAGGCAAUUGGCUCUAUUCGUCUCACAAAUCUAGGAUCAACCUCUUUCCAGAGGCGUCUAAAAGGCUUCCAAAGUCAGUCCCUCAGUUUCAUUUACGUGGCCGAAGAGGAAGCUCAUACAGUCGACUCAAGACUUUGUACUGAAGCCGCAAACCGAUUCUUUCGUGGAUUGUCCUGUUAAUGAUUAACCGGUGAAAAUCGGCCCAUAUAAAGCUACUAAACAUGGAAUUUUUUUUUUCGUUCAGGGACGCCGGUGGAAGCGUUCAUAUAGAGAUUUUGGACGAUGGAGGGGUAUAUAAAGGAGAAAAACCAAAGACUGAAGGUAAUUAUGGUCCCAUAUAAAACGUAUAAACAGGAUAUGAUUGAUAUCAUGAUUAUAAUAGGCAAGAUCAAUAACCCAAUGCACAAUCAGGGUUUACGAUAUCGCAAGAAAAAAAGGCUUGUAUAUAAGACGAGGUGCCUUCUUCACAUCAUUUAAUAUCAGAAAAACGUUACGGAAUAUCUGUCGAUACCACUGGAAACAGUGCCUUGAACUUACCAUGCCUUGCCAUGUCUGAGAGUGAUACAGGGGAGGGUCCGGGGGCGGUCCCCCACUCUUAUUUUUAGACCAAACUGAGGCCCGAAGGGCCGAAAAAAAUUUUUUGGAGACUGGGCCUCCCCCCCCCACCUUAUCUCAGGGUCUGGAUGACCGCCCCCCUUCCCCUUAUCUGAGGGUCUGGAUCAGCCACUGUGAUACGUCUGAAGUGAUCAAAGAUAUAGCUACGAAUAAUUUCGAGGGGAAAGGGGAAGAGGAAGUUCUCUCAUGCCUGAAUGCUCCCCACCCCUUUUCGAACGCCUCCCAAGCACGCUACUUCAAUCCAGUCUACCAGGCCAAAACAUGCAGAGUUUCAACAUUGUUCUUUUUUUUCUCUUAGAUAAACCCGUUCAAAGAGCUCCGUCUCCUACUCCUAAGCAUCAAUAUUCAGCUUCAUUAUCCACAACCGAUGGAGAUGGACUUCUUGGAAGUGAUCUGGCAAAGAACAACACUAACACAGCCCUAGCUAAAAAGUAUUCCCUACCCCCAAGGAUAAGAAAGGAUGUCACUCAAGUUGAACCUCGGUUCAGGACACGCUCGGUCGAAAGGUGUCAAGAGGGGUACGAAAAUCGUGGCAUCUCCAUGGAAACGGGUGAGGAGGGGGGGAAUCUGCCAAUGAAAAAAUUAUCACUAGCCAACCGAAUGGAUAAUCCAUUCUAUACAGAACCAACGACCAAAGACCCUGACCGUUCCCUGCCAUCCAUUAAAGCACGAUACGGUAGAUCAAAGAAAGACUCGGUCGAUAGCAAGGAAGAUUUUCCAAAUAAUAACGCCGACGAGUUGCCUGCAGUUACGGGGGAUCUGAGACGCAAGGGAAGCAUUGUUCUUGUUUCCAAAUCGCCAACCGGAGAAACCUGUUUCCAAGUACAAACGCCGUCCAAAAUUACAAAGACUGAGAGAACUGAAGAGAUCAACAUUUGA